CACACACACACACACACACACACACACACACACACACACACACAUUCAGAUCCUUAAGCAGGCUUUUCUUUCUAUCCUUAGCUCUGUCCCCUCCCGUCUUCUGCCUGUCCAUCCCCCUCUCCCACUUAUACCUGAUUACCGGCUGCCAUUUUACCUUGAGAGCCUCAGACUUACAGCUUUCGUGUUACGUCUCAGAGUACGACUCAGGCUCAGACUUGAACAUGAAGAGAUUCACACAAGUGGUGCAGACUCUGGUCUGACUCGACCGCUCCAUCAACGCAUUUUCUCUGAACUUUUCCACGCCACUUUUGGACCAUGUUUCCUGGUUGCGUGCACGUGAGAUCAGAGCAUGCAAUCGGUCCAGACGGGGACGUGGGACCCCCGACCCCCGUCUAAAGAUGCCACGCCCCCUGUCUUCGAUUCRCGCGGCUCCCGUGUGACCUCGGCCGCCCCGGCCAAACGGAUCACCUUCUACAGAAGCGGCGACAGCCAGUUCGGUGGGGUCAGGAUGGCCAUCCACAAGCGCAGCUUUAAAUGUUUCGACACCCUGCUGGACGACCUUUCUCAAAAGGUCCCACUGCCGUUUGGUGUGCGGACUGUGACCACGCCCCGAGGCACACACACCAUCAAACACCUGGAGCAGCUCCAAGACGGUGGCUGCUACCUCUGCUCCGACCGCCGUCAAACUAAGCCCAUUGACAUGGAGCUGGCCAGCAAACGCCAAGGAACCUGGUACCAUCACAGCCGGAGGCCCCAGCGGCCCGAGAGCUCCUCUGCGAUGGCCCCUGGCCAUUUGCACUUGCUGCACAGGCAGCGCCGGAUCCUGCUGGUGAGGAACAGCGAGCCGGGAGUGAGGAGGAGCAUCGUGCUGAGCAGGAGGUCAACUAGAAGCCUGAAAUCUUUUCUCGAUGAAGCAUCAGAGGUGAUGCAGUUUCACGUCCGCAAACUCUACACCGUAGAAGGACGCAAGAUCGACAGCGUUCAGAGCUUGAUGACUUGUCCUGCCGUGCUGGUGUGUGUUGGCCGCGAAAGCUUCAGCCCGGCGCUCCUUAAUUUCAUCAGAAAAACCUCAGAGGAAAAACUGCCCGGCCUGGGCAGCAAGUCUCCUGGUCUGGGUCCACGGAUUCCUGGAAACGGGGCCCGAUCUCCUUCCACCCAAGGAGUGAGGUCUCCUUCUCGCAGAGCUCAGUCCAGAGCCAGCGAAUCCGAUGAAACGCAGAAAAACAAUAACUUUGGUUUGGAAACCAAGAAGAGCAUUAUCCACCCUCGCUCGGAUUCCUCCACUCGCUCCACUCGUUUCUCUAUGUCUUCUGAAAAGUCCUAUGGCGUUAGCUCUCAAGCGAGACCAGCCAUAUUGAAUGAUGACAUCGAAAAGCGUGUCUUAGUUAAUAAAGACGGAAGUCUAUCAGUAGAGAUGAGGGUGCGUUUUCGCCUCCAGAAUGAUGAAUCCAUACAGUGGUCAACACAAAUUAAAAAAUCACCCUCCCUGAUGAAUGACUGUUGCCCCCUGAGCCAAACACAAACACAUUACCUGCACCAGAGUCAAUCAGAAAGCUGUUCGGACCCCGACUCUGCCUCAUAUGAUGGUGUGGAUUAUUCUAAAUGUUCACUGGCAGAAAAKCACUGUCCCUGUUGCUACCAGAGACAUAACAAUCAAUUCGACUUGUGGGAAAACUUGACCAACAAGCACCGUCCUGUCCCGCCCACGCAUACGUCCAACCAUACCUCAAUGAGACAAGCACGCUCCUCGAGCUCAUCCUCAUCGUGCAAUUCGAGAAGGAUGGUUCGGUGCAGAGCGCGGCUCCCCGGGUCUCCCGGUGGCUCAGAGCAGAGCCAAUUUGUCCAGAAAGAGAUGUCUGUGACGGAGCAGGUGGAGCACAGUAUAGAGGUGGAUCGAGAUGGGGACACUCAGGUGGAGGUCUGCACAGUUAGUCGGUGCUGCAGCAGGUCUGAAGUGGUCACCAUGGAUGCUGAUCUUCUACCACCAAACAGAAAGUUGGUUGAGGGUGAGCUGACGAUGGGGCAAGAAGAAAACCGCCCUCUGUCUGCAAUUAGCAGCUCCUCGCGUGUUCUUCAGUCACUGAAAGAGGACCAAGAUGACGAGGACGAUCUACCACCCAGUGCUUCUCAGUGCUCCAACAGAACUGAACCAAUCCCUGCAGCUCACUUAGGUAAACAGCCAACUAGCAACGUCUCAGCCAAUUCGGCCCACUCUGUCAAACACAAGAGCCAAAAGGAGAACAAUGAAACAGACAGCAGGGUGCCGUUUGUGGCCUCCACGUGCCACUGUGGAGCAGCGACCCCGCACUCAGCAGCUGACACAGGUGAGCCCGAUCGAGUGCCUAGCUCCAGGUCCAACAUUAGCAAACCCAGAUCAGAAGGAGAAGGGGCAGCUGAUGUUGAGAGUGAAGACACAAACAGAGCUGCUGGUGGAUUAUCUCGUCACACAGGACGAUCAGUGAGCACUCCAAAGUCAUGGAUGUCUGACGUGUGUCCAAACUGUGGAGGCUGGAAAUGUGAGACUAACUCUCCACACCCUGUGUUUCUUUUCUCCAACAAGGAGAAUGAAAAUAGCUGCUGUGAUGAUGUGGCUUCAGUGUGCUCAGAAAAGAUCGGCCCUACCAUCAACGGUUCAAUCUCUGCUGUACUGAACACCUUGGAAAGGAGAGCACCAAGUGUCACGUCAACAGCUUCCAAUCCAAACUCAAAGGGGAAAAAUGAAAGCAGGGCUCCAAGUUCCACCUCAGCUACAAGCCUCAGGUCAAACAUGUCACACAAGUCUAAUUGUAAUGGUGUUAUAGCUGAAAAUGGCAACAAAAGAACCCCCAGUGCCAUGUCAGCUCAAUUGAACCUGUCUGCUAUGUCUAGAAAGUCCAAAUGCACAGCUGAAGCUGGGAAGGAAAGAAUAGCCAGCUCGUUGUCAGACAAAUCCAUUCCUUCAGACAAGUUUCCAAAGACAAACUGUCACUUAUGUACCGAAGAAGCUGUGUUAUCAGACAAAUUGGCCUCAGAAGAAGGUGACGAAGAAGCACGAGCUCCCAGUUUGCUCUCUGUUCGGUCAAAUGCUUCUGCCAAGUCUGGAAAAGCUGAAAGUAUUCUAUCGAAAAAAUCAACAAAAUCCAGUGUGUCAGCAAAGUCUGGAACACCUGACAAGUGUAAUCACAAUCAGAAUGCUGAAGCAGUAUCAGACAAACCCACUGAAGGGGCAACGGUAGAGGAAAGGUCAGCAAGCGUAGUGUCAGCAAAGUCUAAUACAUCCCGUAAAUCCACGAAAACUUCAGAAAGACCUUGUUCUUCCAGAUCCCCAAGUGCUACGUCAGGGAGAUCUUCUGCCAAGUCCCUCAAGUCAAACCAGACAAAAACGUCUCUACAUCACCAUGAAGCCAACAUUACAAUGUCCGAGAUGAAUGGAGACGAGACGGGAAACAGAAAAGACCUAGAAUGUGAACCUUCUUUGAAGUCUGGUGCUUCUCACAAGUCAAACUCAACCGGGAAUCUCACAAGUCCACAUAUUGCCAUCAUUAAAACACCAGGAAGUCCUGAUGAAGAGGGCACAGACACAAAAGGACAAGCUUCAAAUUUAUUGCAAGACUCAAAUAAUAAAAUGGCCGAUAUCGCUGUUACUGAGACCAACAGUGACUCUCAUGGCCAMACACUCUCACCAAGAAGACGACCAUCAUCCCGAACCCAUUCGCCCAAAGCUGCUUCCCCCAAACAAUCUCAGUCCCAGCAGUUGCUACCAAAACCYGAGGUUGGAGAACAGAGACUUGGCAGAUCCAGAUGUUGCUGUGGAGCAGCAUCAGCUCCUGAAAAGGAAGAAAAAGGAGAGGAUGAGGAAGAGGGGAAGUAUGAUGGGGCUUCUGAAAGAGCCUCUAGCAUCUUGUCAUCUUUAUCAAAAAGACAAAGGAAAGCAUCAGGAGGCACAGAGGCACCUACAAGUCAUAACUCAUCAGGAUCCAUCUCUCUUGGGCUACAGGAAGACCAAGAAAUAGAYGGUUCAGACAGCGGUAAAUCUGGUGUUUCUUUUCUCAAGAGCCCGGAGAAAUCCUCUGCCAAAGAAGAUCCAAAGAGAUCAGGGUCCACCGUGUCUGACGGUAACAAAGAAAUCAUUCCAGCCCAUCUUCUGGCAGAUGAUAUUCCUACUAUUAAAACACCUAAAGGAGGUGACAAUGMGGAUGAUGGGAGUGGAGAACAAACUACAGAAAGAGCAGCAAGUGCAAGUACGGUGAAAAGCAAGAGGUCUUGUAAAUCCUGUUGUAACUGCAGCAUCAAAGAAGCAGAUCAAAUGCUUGAUGGUAAGGAYGAGGAAAGAAAAAGUGUGAAAUCAACAUCAACAACAAAUGCCAGCAAAACGGAUACGCUGGGCAAAAUAUCGGGAAAUGCUACCAUUCAUAGAAAACCCCAUUCGAGGGCUAAGGUUAAAAAUGCCGUGAAAGAUAAUGCAAAUACUGACASUGAAAACCGAGACACCGAGACCAACAAGAAGGAAGGUAUCACACAAAACGAGGCACAGAGUACAUGCUCUCACAUUUCCCUCAGACCCACGUCAACGGCUUCAGCUCAGCAACGUACAGCAACUCACGAAUCAGUCAAAUCAUGUUUCAGUCCAGACAAAAGUCACAAGACUAAGUCCCAGAGAGGAAGCGAGGGCGGCAGUCCUUGUCCCGUACACAACCCCAGACCAAGCAGUAAAACCAAAGCAGGAAGUGAAAGUUCUGUGUCUGCUGAGAGGAGGGAAACUACUCCUGCUGCAUGCCAGCACAGCAAACAUUCAAAAUCCAGUGACAGGCCUCGAAGUGAGAAAAGUGAGAGGUCUCAUAAAAGCAGGAAUCGGAAGGAUCAGGAGGAUGCAGUGGAGCUUACACUCGAAUACCUACCCAACAAGUCCCCUAAUGAGGUUGUUAGCGAUUGGCUGCAGAGCAUUCCCACCAAAGGCGAAAUGCUGCCUUUUGACCAUGAGUUAAACGAGGAAGACGAGACGACGAAGCAGAUGCUUGAAACACCUGGGGAAGAGAUAGGAGCAACCGAGGAGAGCCCUAAUGAGGAGCAAGAGGACAAUGAUGACGACGCUGGACAGCAAGAUGUAGACAAAGACCGCAAAGUUGAUUGUGACGCCGAAAACCCAACKUUGGAUGAUUCGACAAGGACUUCAUCUCACUCCAAGAACUGGCAAUAUUCUGCAACUGUGAUGAAAGUUCUCUUAAGCUCUUCUCUAGGACGAUGCAGAAGCAUGCCUGAGGUAUCCCCAGUUUACGGUCGUAGACUGAGUACAUCAGCCAGGGGGCUUCUGGACUGCUUGGCUCAGCUCCAGCUUAUUGAACCCUCCAUGAGCUGCGAAAGUCAUCAACCAAAAGAACGUAAACAGCAGUACGAAGAGGUCAUGGCCAUCCUUCAGUCACUCUGGCUCCAUGAACCAAGGGACUUUGAGGUCGGGGAGACCAAGGACAGUAGAGUUUCAAAGCAGGUGACCCCACCAAGGUCCUCAUCUGGGGUGGGCAUGAGUAGUGGGUCAGACGGAUCAGGAAAAGGAAAUGGAAACCAAAGAGAAGAUGGAAUGUGCACUAACAAGAAAGAGGCUCCAGAAAAAGAGGACAGAAAUGGAAACGGCAGCGAUAAGGACACUGAAAUGGACCAUGAGGAGACAUUUAAAGCAGACACAACAAGAAAGAGUGAAGACCAAAAUAUGGUUCCUCAAAGUCAAGAGAGUCGAAAGACCACUGAAAACACCUCCUCGUCAGAGAAGAACUCUGCCAACGACAGCUUCAGAUACCCUACAGACAACGAAAGAGAAGCUCAGGAAGAUGUCCACUCAAGCGUCCCGCGAGCGCCCUUGUCCAAAAGACUCUCCCAGGACCCCGAUCCAGUCUGGGUCCUUCAACUCCUGCAGAAGCUAGAGAAACAGUUCAUGAGCCACUACAUCCAGGCCAUGGCGGAGUUCAAAGUCCGCUGGGACCUGGACGAUAGCCUCGUCCUGGACGCCAUGAUCGCCGAGCUGAGGGACGAGGUGAGCCGGCGCAUCCAGAGCAGCAUCCAGCGAGAGAUGAAGAAAAUUCAGAGUCGAGCUGGGAAAGGGGGCAAGUGGCCUCGGCCACCGCAGUUGGCCAGCAUCUCCAGGGACUCCACCAUGACGGAGAAGAGGCGUCGAAUAAUGAAGGUUAUGAAGAACCAGUCGGUAAAAACUGCAGACUCUGUCAGUGACGAGGACAUGACAGGGAGCGAUCAGCGAAGUGACGAUGAGUACUGCCCCUGUGACGCUUGCGUUCGCAAGAAAAUGGCCGCCCGGCCUCUCAAAAAGAACCCGCUGGCGGCUGAAUGCCCCGUUAUGAUGGAGUUUGAUCUUCGCAAGAUCCUGCAGCUUAAAAAGAGCCCAGCACCCUCAACCAUGGCAGCACCGCAACACGCAGAGGAGGAAGACGAAGAAGCAAGGAAUUUAGAAAUGGUUGAGGAAGAAGAGGAGGAGGAAACCAAGGUGCAUACAAAAACCGACGCUGUUUUAGAGGAGACAAUUCUAGAAGGAGAUGAGGAGGUACUGCRGGAGAAAAACAAGAGCAAGGAACAAAACAGCGUGGAAGCUGAGGAGCAGGAUGAAGGAGAAACAAKCGAACAAGAUGAGACAUCUGAAAAUGAAGAGGAAGAGGAGGAAGAGGGGUGCACCUGUCCAUCUACUAAAGAUGAAGAUGAGAGCAGCAGAGAAGAAGAAACAAGCAACUGCACAGAUAAGUCAGGAGAGGAGACAGGGGAGGAAGAGGRGGAGAGUGACAAAGAGACRGUGAAGGAGGGAACCGCUGGGAAGGAMGAACAGACGCUGGUGGAGGAGGUUAUGGAGGGAAACAUCAGCACAGAGGCGGAGGAUGAAGAUGAUGAGGAUGAUGGAACGGAAGACGAAGAGUCACACGACCAAGAGACAGGGAGCGAGAGCAAGGAGCAAGAUGAAGAUGCGUCUGAGGAGGAGAGAGUCUCACCACAGAGCCAGGCUGAGAUCCCGGUUGGGACUGAAGGUGAAGAGGCCGACGUCGAGGACUCGGAUGACAGCAAACCUGAUAACARCACUGAAGAAUCUGGACGCGAGGAGGCUGGAGGCUUGGGUGACGAGAAGGAGAAUGACGGCGAAGAGAAYGAGGAAGACAUCGUAGAGGAGUUCRAGUAUGUAGAAAAGAGCGAGGAGGAGGAAGAGGCUAAAGCCAAAAACGAAGACGGGACUUUGCUGCAUCAGUUCACCAGGACAUCUGUGGAGUCCCAGCCUGGCUCAGUAGAAGACAGCGACGCAGAUUUAACCUCAAAUCUGGUGGAUUCUACGAAAGCCAUGAAAGGAGUUUCCAGGCGGUGACAGGAGCAGCCAAUCAUGAGCCAGGGCAAACUCAAGAAGGCAGACAUCAAUAACUGAUAACUCUUAACGUGAUUAGUUGAGUCUAUCUUUCGAGUUGAAGACGGUCUUCAACACUCAAAGCACUUUACUUUUCCAGGACAGCUGUAAGAAGAUUCAGUCAUUAUCWUUUCUAUAGACGUGUCCCAUGAUUGUAGAAAGUUGAAACAAACACUACACUUUAUUCAAUCACAUAUUCUAUAUUUGUAAUAUGUAUUUUAUUCAUAUUUCUGAAAUUACCUGUACGCAUUAAGAAACAUAUUAUUGUUAUUCAYRUGUGACCUGUGUUGGCAAAAUGCWUCACAAAGAGGAMGAGUUAAUAUUUUAAAAAUUUUCAUCUCAAAAACUUCYAAACAAUCUGCAGUUUGUUGAAAUUUGGCAGCAAGCUCGUUUUGUUUAGCUGGUUUAAACACUAGAUUUUUUAUUGGUCUGGRAUGAUGUCAUCAGGAGUUCACAAGCUUCCUGAUGACAAUGAAACAUUAAAUGAAGGGAYUUCCCAGCAGAGAAGAUGGUCAGUUUCAAAGGAAAAUAUACCUGAAUAUUAUUAYUGUGUUCCACUUAUCAGCUAACAGCUAAUAGCAGAACAAAUUUUUCAUUUAGCACAUUGGCAUUUCACUAACCUUAAAACAGUUAGCAGAUCAAUUAGCUUMCAGUAAAUUAGGUUUUGCCAACUUUAAGUCAGCUAACAGCUAACAAACUACCAUUAAUAGGUUUGUCAGUCCCACCAGUCAGUUGUCUUAGAGGUUAGUGAUUAGCUAUUAGUUUUAGCUUCCGUUCGUUUUUUUCUUUUCUUUUGUGAGUUAGCGUGAGCAAAGGUGUGUUUUGUUAGUUAUAUGAGUUAGCAAAGCUAACGUUUUGAUUGUGCCCAUCACUAGAUGGCAUUUUUAUUAAGUUAUUUUUAUGUAAAAAAUCUGUAUUUUUACAUUUUUGUCCCUGGAGCCUGAGAACAUUCUGACUCAUUUUGCCAGCACGGGUCACAAAUUUUUUAAAUGAUAAUUAUCUGUUACCAGAUUCUAUAGCCAAUGAUAACAUACUUCAAAAAUCAUUCUGUUGACUGUUUAUGGUGUAUUUUUGACAGAAUCUGUACGUCACGGUUUAUAAAGGUGAUUAGGACCCAGGACACUAGAAGCUCAAGUUCAA